AUGACGCCUGUGUUUCCUUCUCAUCUCACAGCUUCGCCUGGAGAAGCCCGUGCAGACGAGCAGCCGGUGCGUGGUGGGGUGUGCGGUGGACUGCCAGCUCUCGGCGUGGUCAGCCUGGUCACAGUGCUCCCACACGUGUGGCGCCAGCGGCCAGAUGGUGCGCGGGCGCUCGGUGGUCCUGCGGGCAGCGGGCGAGGGCAGACCCUGCCCGGAGCAGCUCACCCAGCACAGGAGCUGCCCGGUGAAGCCCUGCUACAGCUGGCUGCUGGGCCCGUGGUCUCCCUGCAGAGUCCAGGUACGGCUUUCUCCAGCGCUCCCCGAGGGCUCCUCGGGUUCCCCGCGGCUGGGGUCAACGACAAAAAUCAUCAUUACAUGGCAGAAUUGAUUGAGGCCACUGUUCGCAGGUCGGAGGUGUCUCUGUGGCAGUUGAAGGCGCUGGGUGGACAGUGUGGAGAUGGAUUGCAAGUCCGCAACCUCACAUGUGUGGUGUAUGACACAUCUGUUUCUGCUACAUCCAAACCAGUAGAAAAUGCGUUAUGUGGUGAGCUGCCAUCAAAAGAGAGUGUGCUGCAGUUACCGUGCUCUGUGCCUUGCCCAGGUGACUGCCACCUGACAGAGUGGUCGGAGUGGAGCUCUUGUGAGCUCACCUGCAUCAAUGGCAGGAGCUUCGAGACAAUGGGGCGCCAGUCCCGAUCCAGGGCAUUUAUUGUUCAGUCUCCUGACAACCAGGAGAGCUGCUCCGGACAAGCGAUGGAAACGCGACCUUGCUCAGGAGGGAAGUGUUAUGACUACCUGUGGAAAACCAGCCUUUGGCGAGACAACGUACGCACGGUGUGGUGUCAACGCUCAGAUGGAAUAAAUGUCACAGGAGGGUGUGCUCUUCGGACGAAACCUGCAGAAGUUCGGCACUGCAGCCCGGCGUGCAGAAAGCCAUUCUCCUACUGCACACAGAGAGGAGUCUGCGGUUGUGAGCGAGGCUAUACAGAAAUAAUGAGAUCAAAUGGUUUCCUGGAUUACUGCAUGAAGGUACCAGGUUUGGAAGAUAAGAAAGCUGAUGUUAAGACCAUUGCUGGAAAAAAUAAACCUGUCAACUCAAAAAUGCAUGACAUUUUCAAAGGAUGGUCUAUUCAACCUUUUAAUCCAGAUGGCAAACUGAAGAUGUGGGUAUACGGAAUAUCAGCUGGCGGGUUCCUCAUCAUAGUUUUCGUGAUUUUUACAUCCUACCUGAUGUGCAAAAAAACAAAGCAGCAUCAAAACACUCCUCCGCAGCAGAAGCCUCUAACCUUGGCCUAUGACGGAGACAUUGAUAUGUGA